AUGGCGGCUUCCGCUUCUAAUAAUGCAACCGAAGAAAAGCAGGCUCCCACUUUAGCCGAAGUGGUCAGAAAGUUGGACACAGAAAAGCUCAUCGAAUUUUUGCGUGGGGAAGAAGACUUGCAACUCAACGAUGCUCAUUUCGAAAUCUUACGCAAGCGGGAGAUCGCUGGUCGUGAUUUCCUCAAGAUGGACAAACAAGAUUUCAGAGAUUGUGGGUUAGAAGUAGGGCCUGCGAUAAGACUUGUGGACUUCGCCAAAGAGGUUAAGGAGAAAAAAUUGAGGGCGUUUUCGACAUAUCGUACUCUGAAAGAUUUUAAAGAAGUAUUGGCGAAUUAUAAACUCGGCGAUAGCAUUCUCAAUGAGGGAGUCGACAUCCCGACACUAAGCAACUGCCACAAAUAUAACGGGCAAAUUUUAUCGGUUCCACUUCGAGCAUUCACGGUACUCUCAUGUGGACAUAUACUUCAUCGAACUUGCAUUCAGGAAAUUAUCAUGGGAACCGAAGCAAAAUGUCCGGUAUAUAAACUGCGCAUCGAAAUUAUCAAGGAGGAAGACGGCAGUGAAGUCUAUGAACGAACACAAUCAAAUACUAUGAUAAUACAAGACGAUCAGAGUCCACCACCGACUGCACCCAUACAAAGUCAGUCGAAUCAAACCAACGACGAGCAAAGAUCGAGAAACAACACCUCCGAAUAA